AUGACCUGGCCAGCGUGGCUCCAGGUGCCCGCAGCCUCCUUGCUGCUUGGGAGCCAGCUCUCACGCAUUGCCAUCACAGCCGCCAGCCACCUUCAGGGUCCUGGGCUCACUGUGACAGGCGGCGUGGAUGGGCAGAGGGUGGCACCAGGACCCCCUUGGCUGGGCCAGGAGCCCUCAGGCCGAGCACUUUGGAAUAUAGACAGUGGCUCACUGCAGGCAGGCAGCCCCCACCGCCACCAGGACAAGCCCCAGGACUCCCAGGACCACCAGGAGGAGCAGACUGGAGGAGGCCAGCACCAUCCAGAGCUCCUUAACCUCACCGGUAACCUCCUGGACGCCUUCCCUGCCGAGCUCUUCCGCCCCGGAUCGCUGCCGCUGCUCAGCGAGCUGGCAGCCGCUGACAACCACCUAAGGGAGCUGAGCCCCGACAUCGCGCACCUGGCCUCGCUCAAGCAGGCGCUUGCUGAACCAGCUCACCAUCCCCUGUGGCCCUGGCUUUCGGCCUGCUGCUUUCAGGCCACCCUGGACCUCUCCAACAACCAGCUGAGCGAGAUCCCAGCUGAACUGGCAGACUGCCCCAAGCUCAAGGAGAUCAACUUCCGGGGCAACAAGCUGCAGGACAAGCGCCUGGAAAAGAUGGUCAGUGGCUGCCAGACCCGGUCCAUCUUGGAGUACCUGCGUGCCAGGGGCCGGGGCUGCCGGGGCUCUCGGGGCCGGGGCCGGGCUGACGGCUCGGAGAAGGAAGAUGCCCGGAAGAAGAAGAGGGAGCGGAAGCAGAGGCGGGAGAGCGGCGAGGGAGAAGAGGUGGUGGCGGACGCUGCCAAGCUGCUGCUCAGGGUCCUGCACGUCUCUGAAAACCCUGCACCCCUGACGAUCAGAGUGAGCCCCGAGGUCAGGGACGUGCGGCCCUACAUCGUGGGGGCUGUCGUGCGAGGCAUGGACCUGCAGCCGGGGAACGCACUCAAGCGCUUCCUCACCUCCCAGACCAAGCUCCACGAUGAGCUCUGUGAGAAGAGGACGGCUGCCACCAUCGCCACCCAUGACCUCCGUGCCGUGCAAGGGCCCCUGCUGUACACAGCCCGGCCACCCCAAGACCUCAAGAUCAUGCCUUUGGGGCGGAAGGAGGCCAAGGCCAAUGAGCUGGUGCGGCAGCUGCAGCUGGAGGCCGAGGAGCAGAGAAAGCAGAAGAAGAGGCAGAGUGUCUCAGGGCUGCACAGGUACCUGCACCUGCUGGAUGGCAAGGAGAAUUACCCUUGUCUCGUGGACACAGCCGGAGAUGUGAUUUCCUUCCCCCCAAUAACGAACAGCGAGAAGACAAAGAUUAAGAAGAGCACGUGUGAUUUGUUUGUGGAAGUCACCAGCGCCAUGAGCCUGCAGAUCUGUAAAGACAUCAUGGACACCCUCCUCCUGAAAAUGGCAGAAAUGAACAAGCACACUCUAGAAAAUAAAGAGGAAGGAUCACUCUCCGACACAGAGGCCAACGCUAUUUCUGGACCACUCCCGGAUUCCCAAGGGGUCCCCAGUGCUGGGAAGGAUGGACAGUGCCCCCUGGUGGUGGAGCAGGUCCGUGUGGUGGACCUGGAGGGCGGCCUGAGGGUUGUGUACCCAUCCAAGGCCGACCUGGCCACUGUCCCCCCACAUGUGACCGUGGCUCGCUGACUUGUCUGGCCAUCAAGGCCCUGCAGGGCUUGUGUGUGGUGGUGUGGGUUGCUCCGAGGUGUCUGUGAGGUACAUGUGUUCUUUUUUCCGUUUCCCGGGUGAUCCUGUCACAUGUCGUUACAAAUGUUGAUACUUCUCUUUCACGGACUGCUUCAAAUACCAGAAAAGGCUGCUGCAGAUGUUCUCUGUCUCGUGGGCACACAGCAGACAGCCGCAUCCAAAAAGGCAAGGGCCCGCUGGCUCACUCAGCACAGGCCUUUGCCUGACCCUGACACACUGACUGAACUGUGGCCCUUCCUGUGCUGUGGUCUCGUGGCAACACUGCAGAACAUCUUGUUUCCCAGCCUGCAGAGAGCUUCAUCUCUUUAUUGGAAAAAAAAAUGACUUCAAUUUGGUCAGGUCAGGUUUCAGCAGUUUGCUGCUGGAGCGCUGGAUCAGAAGGCAGUGUGGGACGCAGCAGGACCCCGGGCUGGUACCACAGGCAGACACCGAUCACGCAGUGGUCACCUGUCAGUGGUCAUCAGGGAAGGAGCAGCAGGAGUGGCUGGGUUGUGUUCGAUCUCUGAACCAAAAAUUACAAAGAACAUGUGCCAGUGACUGGUCCUCCCACCUCGUGUUGUAGGUGUGAACUGUGUCUGCAUGUGUUCGUGUGUGUGCCAGG